UUUAACAUACCCCCCACGCAACAGCUUCACAAAACCACCUUCCCUUGAGAAAAAUGGAGGCCGCUUUGGGAUUCUCCGCUGGAGGCGCUCGCCUUCAAUUACCUGAGCUACGGCCUCCUCACCGCCGUCAACAACAUUUGGGCGUGGCUCGCCGUCGUCACCGCCGCCGUCAGCUUCUGGCGAAUUAGGAUUUUAUCGACUCCAAUCGCCGCCGUGCCGGAGAUGGUGGAGGAGAUUGAAUCGGAGGAGGAGGCGGCGGCGGCUCCGGCUAGAUCGACGCCGUUUGUGGCGGCGGAGGGGCAGGGGAUCACGAAGAUGAAAUUCAGCUUGUAUUAUGCGGAGGAGGAGGAGGAUUUUGGGGGGGAUGACGGCGGCGGCGAGAGGGAGGAGUGCGGCGGCGGGGCGGCGUUUGGGGGAGAUUGGGAAGGGGUGAUUGCGAUGAGAAUGGGGGAUAUGGGCUGGUACAGGUGGCAGGAUAGGACGGUGUUGAGCGGCAACGUGGUGCGGCUGUGGGAAGGGCGGAGGAGGAGGAGACACGCGGCGGCGGAGGCGGUGGAUGGUGGCUUUGUGUGGUAGGUGGGAAAAUGAUAAAAAUUGUAAAUAUAUUUCGUUUUUGUGAUUUAAAUUAAAUUAAAUCAAAUAAACUAGUAUUUUGGUGUUA